AUUGAGAGGAUCAAGCUUAUUCUCGCAGCACGAGCGAAUACGAUGUCCCUGUAUUCGUAAACAUUCCUAUAUUCGCGCCUCACUCGGUAGAUUAACACAGAUAUCGUUAGACGUUAUCGUUUUGUAAAUAAACAGUAGAGGCCAAACGGCUACAUUAAAUAGUAGUCACUUUGUGAGAUCUCUUUGUAGCAUGAGGAAGAAUGAGUUGAAACUCAAGUGGUUGAAUCUGAAUCAAGUGUCUUAAUUAAUUUCAAGUGUUUCAAUAUACGAAAAGAGUGUAUCAAUUAACUUCGGAUUCGUCGUAUUAAGUCCUUGCAUCUCUUCAACGUUUAACGAAUUGUACCAGGUUCGUCAUUGCAUGACUAAGUCUGUUAAAUAUGAGAUAUGUCUGACUAUAUCAGAUGAUCUGAAGAUAACAUAUCAAAAGGAUCGCAAAAAGUAGUUUGGUUUGUGACAACGAAGCACGCAGUUUUCCGUUCAAAACUGUGAUUAACUCAGCUGAACUCAGAUCAACCACGAUAUUUUUUCUUGUGAAACAAGUACGAGCGAGAGGACAGUUGUACUGACAGUUCUAUAUUAAAAAAUGGGCCUAAAAUGGUUUCGGGCACGUCUAUCGAUCGAGAAAGCAGCGGCCAAAGUUCCCGAAAUGGCGGGCCUAUAUCGGAGAAUUUCUUUCUCCGAGUCGUCAAUUCAGAGAACUGCAGAAGUCUCAGUUUCGCCUGUUUCAUUCGCAAGUUAUUCAACGGCAAGUGACGAUAACGAAACAGUACCAUAUGACCGUUCGAAAGAAGAGCUUACAAGUCAGUCAUCAUUGUCAAUUAAUGAUUCGGAGGAAAUUACGAUAAAAAACAAUGAUAAGAAACUAAAGAUAAAUAAUCAUGCAGUUGAAAAUGCGGAGCCUUCUACUUCUAACAAAGAUCUAAAUAUAAAAGAGCCAUCGACUUGCAACAACGAAUCAAAUAAGAUAACUAAAAAUCAGAAUGAUGUGUUAGAUACAAGUCCUAUCUGUGCAGAUAACGAGUUAGUGAUUUAAUAAGAAAAGAAUGUUAAUACACGUAUAUAAAGAUAUUUUGCAUGGAAGAUGGAUAUUUUUGUCUCGAUUUGGAUAUCUCUAUUCACCAUCUUCUUUCUUUCUAUAUGUUUACUUAAUUCGCAUUUAUUAUUAUUUCUAUAUUAUAUUCGAAAUGAAGAUGUCACUAAUCAAAUUGAAAAAUAAUUAAUAGAAAAAUUUGCUACUAAAUUAAUUCACAGUAUAUCUUUAAGUAUAGAUAUGUAUUCUAAUUAUUAUAAAUCGAAUAUAAUUUAACUAUGUAUGAGUUAAAUAUGCAAUGUGUUAAUGUUAUACGUUUAUACGUAAACGUAAUGUUUAUUUAAAGUAUUUUAGUAUAUGAGGAAAUGUUAAUCACAGCUCGUACGUUAAAAUAAAUAUAAGAUUGCGAUAAUUUUAUAAUAUUAUACUGUAUUAAGCAUUACAAGAUAAAGAUGAGAAUAAAACUGGGAAUGUAGAAAGCAGGA